AAAACCAGUGACCGGCCCCUCACAGGGAACAGAGGCCACAAGGUGUGAUGGCUUGGCUGGGUGCCCAGCCAGUUGUGGAGGGAGUAGGCUUCAGGGAGGGGCAUGGAUCAGACCAUGGACCCCAUUUUGGAGGCCUGAGUAGAGGGCCGAUGGGAAGCACGGGGAUGGUGCUUGAGCUCUUUCUGGACCUGUACUCACCCCCCUGCCGUGCCAUCUACAUUUUCACCAGGAAGAACAGCAUCCCCUUUGAGAUGCACCCUGUGGAGCUGGCACAGGGUGAGCAGAGCUAGGUGGGCUCCACGGAGGGGCGCCCAGGGGCCAGACCCUGCGCUGAGCCUCCUCUGCUCUCUGCCCCCCAGGGGAGCACCUGAAACCUGAAUUCCUGAAGGUGAACCCCCUGGAGAAGGUGCCUGCCCUCAGGGAUGGGGACUUUCUGGUGGCCGAGAGCCCAGUCUCUCCUGCCCCACUUCUCCGGGCAGCCUGUGGAUGCUGUGCAGCUGCAGCAGCUGUUGGGGAAGCUGACGCGUGCUUUGCAGCACCCGGAUCAGGAGGUCCUGGCGGCCAGACCCUUCCUGGCCACUGAGCAGGUCUCCCUGACAGAUCUGAUGGCAUUCACAGAGCUGAUGCAGCCCACUGCCGUCGGCUGCGACCUCUUCCAAGACUGGUCCUGGCUUGCUGUGUGGCGAGCCCGUGUGGAGGCCACCCUGGGCCUUGAGCUCGUCCAGGAGGCCCACAGGUGCUGA